AUGGGGAACGCGGAGAGCGGCGGCACCGGGAGCGGUGACGAGGAGGACAUCGAGGCGGAGAGCCCGAGUUUCACGGAAGGCGGCCCGGCCUCUGCGGUGGCCACGGGAACCCAGACUGGCGGCGGCGGCGGCAGCGGCUCAGCAGCAGGAGGCACCGGCACGGGACGCAGCGGCCGGGGCUCGACUCACGCGCCUGUAGCGAGCUCCGGCCUGCCGUCGCCCGAGGCCCUGAUGGAGCAGGUGCGGCUGAGAGAGGCAGCGGGCCGCGCCGGUGACACCACCACUCUCACCGUGUCCGAAUCUGCGAUCGCCCGCAACGAGAGCGCGCUGGUGCGCUGGCUGGAGGAGCGUCUCGGCCGCGGGGAGGAAGCGCUCACACUGGAGCAGUUCUGCGACAUGCUGGAAAGCAGAGACGCGCAGCGCGACGAGUGCGAGGAGGCUUUUGGUCAGUUCGAUGCCGAGGGCGAUGGGGUUGUUGAUGUCGAGAGCAUGCUCAUGGCCCUGAAGAACAGCAAUGGCGCAAAUCUGCAAGGAGAACUUAGUCACGUGAUCAGACAGCUGCAGGCCUGCUCUCUGACUCCAGGAUUUGUGGACAUCUUCUCCAAGUCAAAAGACAAAAUCGGGGCGCACGCCUCAAAGAUCCUGAAGUUCCUGCACAGGAAUCGCAUCCCAAGCAGUGCAAUUCCCUUCCCCAUUCUGGAUGGCUACAACAGCAUCAGCUCAAUGAGGGCCGCAGUGCUGCAGGACUUCCUGGAUUACCUUCUGCAGAAAGAGAAAGACCUGGACAUUCAGUACGGAACAGAGCUAACCCAGGGCCCGGAAGUGGAUCGGGUCAAGGUGGUCUCUCAGUGCUACAGCUCCAUCGAGGCCUCGUCCAACAGCGCAGACGUCCACAGGAUGACCAACGGUGAAACCGUGUCCUACUGGCAGUCUGACGGCAGCGCACGCUCCCACUGGAUCAGGUUAAAGCUGAAGCCAGAUGUGGUGCUGAGGCGCUUGGCUAUCGCUGUGGCCUCCAGCGAUCACAGCUACAUGCCACAGCUGGUGUCUGUAUCUGUAGGAAAGAGUCGGCGUUCGCUGCAGGAGAUCAGAGACAUUCGCAUCCCCAGCAACGUCACAGGCUAUGUGCCCCUGCUGGACAACGCCAACAUCUCUCAGCCAUAUGUUCAGAUCAACAUCAAGCGGUGUUUAAGUGACGGCUGUGACACGCGCAUCCACGGCCUGAAGACGAUGGGCUACCAGGUGACUAAGAGCAAAGAGGUGUCCGUGUCCGACGCCUCGGCUAUCUGGUACCUCUCUCUGCUUACCUCACUGGUGACUGCGUCUAUGGAGACGAACCCCACCCUUGCCAACACUGUUCUACAGAGCACACAAAAAGCCUUACAGCACAUGCCGCCUCUGUCGUUAACGCCGUCCUCAACUGAGUUCCCCAAGUUCUUCUCCCCCAACAUCCUGGAAGAGGUGGAUGCCUUCCUCCUCCGAAUCGCAGAUUGCUGUGUGACUCCGGAUGCUGAGUUGACUCUCUUGGCGUUUGCUCUGGCUCGGGGCAGCGUGAUGAAGGUGUUGCUGUCUCUGGCUGGGAUGUGUGAGCGUGUGGACUCCGAGUACCGUGCUGCCUCGCUGCUGGCCUCCAUGGCCUCGGUGCGCCUCCACCUGCUCUACCGCAACGGUAAAACUUUACAGCUACAUUUGCAAGCGUGCGAUGUGAAGAGCCGAGAUGAUAAGUGCGGCCCGGAGAACAUGCUGACCGAUCCCUCUACAGGAGACGGUUUUCUCACAGAAAGCGGGAAGACGAGAGCCAGUGUGAUUCUCUCCACCGAGGACCAGACGUGCUUCCAGGUCACACAGAUCAGAAUCAAAGUGCGUAAAGGGGCCAUCGGCGCUAAAUGUGGCCUGGUGUUCACUUACAACGACUCUGACGUUUUUGACGCAGACAAGCACUUUAAGAAGUUCAGGAAGUAUGACUCCUGGGAUUUUAACGACUACAAGGAGUUUGUCCAAGACAAACAUUCCAAUAAAGGAGGAGCAGAUGUGAGGGAGGAGAAUCCCGUCGGCUGGUUUGAGCUGGAGGACGACUGGAACGAUGUGGAGAUCAAGCUACAGCAGUGCCGUGUUGCAAAUUUCCUCAUGGUGAAGUUCCUGUGCGUGAGGCAGGACUCGGCCGAGCGGCUCGGUGUUCAGCAGCUCGACUUCAGCGGCUACGUGUGUCCGGAUUCUGAGAAACUGGAGGAGGAGGAGCAACUGAACACUCGCACGCAGGGGGCCGACUGCGGCCUGGUCACAGGCCUCACGCUAAUCAGAAAGACUCUGUACUUCAUCCAGCAGCUCACCCGAGACAUGGACAUGAUGCUGCACAAGCAGAAGUCUUUGUUAGACUUCAGUGAGCUGAACUUGCCGCUCUUCUGGGACUUCUACAGAAAACUCAGGUCUAUUGAUGGAGAAGAGGCGAUGAAAGCCCAGGUCCUCCUGCUCCAACUCCUUCAGAACUGUUUCCCAGCUCUUCCUGCCUUACCAGAGUCCCGGGGCUCACCGGAGAACACGGUGUCAUCCUCCUCCUCCUCCUCCUCCUCAUCAACAUCAUCAUCAUCAGCAGCAGCAGCUGCAGCAUCAGUGAGAACAGAUGUGGAUCCAUCUGAGGCUGUAGGGGCUCUUUAUAGUCACCUCUGUCAGGUUGUGGACGGGCCUGAAGGAGAGUCUGCAGUGGAAAAAGCUCGGAGGAAACAGGCAAUGAAGGCCAUCCUGAGCGGCGCUGCCAUCUUCUACCCAGACAAACAGAGCCGGCGAGACAAACUCUUUGACAUGAUGAAGAACUUGACCGAGGAAGAUCAGCCCGAGUCGGCUAAGCUGACAUUCGAGUCGCUCUGUAAUUAUUUCAGUGAUCAGGACCCGAGCGGUCUCCUCCUUCUGCCUCCUAAAGGAGCACCCGCUGACUUUGACAUCUCCCCCAUCCUCAAUGUUAUGGACACACUGCUCCUCGUGGCCACUAGAGAGUGCGAGAGGAUGAUGGUGGACGGCUCUGGAGGACCCAGUCGGAAGGUCCUGCUCUCUCUGUUCUGGGCUCUGCAGGGCAGUUUGCUCUCCUGGUGCUUCCUCCAGCUCAAAGGAGGCGUGGCCACAGCCGGCGAUCUGGCCAGAGACAUCCUGAUCAAAUAUGUAGCACAGUUCCUUGCCAACACCCGAACCACGCUGAGCUCCCUGCUGGAGAGAUACUCUGCGACCGACAUCAUCGCCAAGCUCGGCAACUCCAUCGUCACCAUGGCGACCAGGCAGCUGGCGAUCUUCCUGCUGGAGCUGUGUGCUCUGGACGUUCCUCACUGCAUCAUUCUCAAGAGCUUCUUCUCUCUGCUCGAGCUGCUCAAGAAGCUGUCCAGCGGUGUAGAGGAGUCCUCCAAGGGGGAUGUGGACGGCUGGCAGCAUCCUCAGCAGCCGGUGGUAUUAAAGACAUGGGCAAUGGAGUCCCCUCACAAUUAUGAAGACAGUAAACAUGAGAACACAGUGUUCCUCUGUCCCGGUGCAACGUAUUUCGAGGUGGAAUUUGACGAGCGCUGCGAGACGGAGAAGAGGUACGACUAUUUGGAGUUUACAGAUUCCAGAGGAGGCAAAGUGCGCUACGACAUGAAAGUCGGCUCUGAAAAGUGGCCAAAGAAAGUCACGUUUAAAGCAGGCCACCAGCUGCAGUUCCUGUUCCACUCGGACAGCAGUAACACAGAGUGGGGCUACAAGUUCACAGUGACGGCGUUCGGUCUUCCAGACAUCAGCGUCUCCUGGAUCUCUGACCUGCAGCUCCUCGUGUCGAGGCUGAUGGGCCGCCUGGCUUCACGCACCAUGGCGCUCAAAUCCACACCCAAAGUUCACAUUGUGAAGGAGCUUCCUGCAGCCGUGAUGAACCACGUGAUUUCCUCUCCUCUGUGGAAGCCCGUGUUCAUGCACGGCCUGAGCGGACCAGCCAUAAGCCGAGAACCUGAACACCGUAGCAACGAUACAAAACAGAUAAAAUCCGUCUCCUCCGGAGAUGACCUGCUGGAGUUCCUGGUGGACUUCGCUCGCUGGGAUCCUUCCCGCGAGUCAUGUGACGAAAGGGUGGAGCUUAUGAGGAACCUCAUGCUGUCAUGCAAGAAGCAGCUAAUCAGGAACGAGAUUGCUGUGGGGUCGAAGGUCGACCAGGCCGUAAACGCAAUCUGGGCGGCUAUGGUUUACCACACCCCAGCUCUUCAGACGCUGCUCAGGAACUUUGUGCUAAAGCAGGGGCAGAGCUGUGUGAGUGAGGACCUUGUGCAAGUCUACAUGCUCGCUGAUGGCAUCAGGACAUGGAUGUUGGAGAUGAAGCAGCGCUCCCUGCUGGUCAAAAUGAAUGGGUCAGGAGAGAAAGGGGACGGUCAAGGAGACGUUACACCGGAGUCUUUGGCUGAGAUCUGCAUCAGUAAGAGCUUGCUGUUGUUCAGGUUCAGCCCCUGUGCUGGCAGUGCCGCUGCACCUCCUCCAUAUCCUGAACCCUGUAAACCAGCAGAGAGCCCUAUCAUCCCUGCUCUCCCUCACUCUGUUUCUAUAUCAGAAGGUGAUUUCCAGCCCUGUCCCGCUCCCUCCUCCUCCUCCAUCUUCUCCCAGAGUCCUACAAGAGUAGAGGCUCAGAUCUCUGCUUCCUCAGAACCCCGAGCUUCCAGCAGUGCCAGUGCUCAGGGUUCUAGAGGAUCCACAGAGAGCCUUCACUCUCAGGGUGGAGAGCCCAUGUCCCCGCUGACCUUUUCCCGCAGGGCGCCGUUCAGUUGCGGCCGCCUCAGACUGCUUUCCUACCGCUCGGUUGAGGAAACGCGCCCCACUCCAUCAGUCAAAGAGAGAUUCCCAGUUCUCAAACAUGUAUUCAGCUUCAUGAAGGACGUGGUGAUUAGUGAGAGCAGUGUUCUCCAGACUCUUGCCUUAAAAAAGUCCCAGGCUACGAGUGUGUGUGAAGUUUUAGACAUGGUGCAGCAGUGUUUACUCUCCCUGGGGAAACCACACCUCUUCCAGGCUCCCUGCAUUCUGUUCCUGCAGGAGCUGCUGGCCUGCCAGAAAGACUUCACCAAUUAUUUCUCGCAGUUAUCCGGCUGUGGGCUGGAUCUGAGGGAGCAGGUCAGAUCGUCCUACCAUCAGCUCAUCCGCAUGCUCGUAGAGGCGGUGCAAGGAUUCAGUGAGCUCAAUGACAAGGUGCUGCUGCCGGCGUUGUCGUGUGUGCAGACGUGUCUGCUCCACCUGCUGGACAUGAGCUGGGAAGUUCAAGACCUGCCUCUUUUUGAAGACAUCAAGUUACCUGAUCUGCUGCUCACCAUGUCUCAGGAGAACAUCAGCGUGCAUGACAUCGCCAUCAGUCAGUGGACAGAAGAGGACGAGAUUGCAGACUAUGAGAGGAACACCGAGUGGAUGGACGAGUGCAUGGAUGGCAUGUUCGAGAAAUGGUUCAACAAGAUCGCCCAGGCCUCAGCAGACGACAAGAGAAAGAUGCACAUGUUCAUUGCGCGGUACUGUGAUCUGUUGAACGUGGAGAUCUCGUGUGACGGAUGUGAGAGAAUCGCUCCCGGACACCGCUACCGCUGUCUGCAGUGCACGGACAUGGACCUGUGCAAGACCUGCUUCCUCAGUGGCGCCAAGCCCGAAGGGCACGAGGACGAGCACGAGAUGGUGAACAUGGAGUACGCUUGUGAUCAUUGCCAGGGUCUCAUCGUAGGCAGCAGGAUCAACUGCAACGUCUGCGAGGACUUCGACCUCUGCUUCGGCUGCUACAACGCCAAGAAAUACCCCGACAGUCAUCUGCCCACGCACCGGAUCACAGUCUACCCCAUGGUGACCAUCCGCAUCAGCGAUCGGCACAGGCUCAUCCAGCCGUACAUCCACAACUACUCUUGGCUCCUGUUUGCCAGCCUGGCCUUGUUCACCUCCGAGCUGAUGAGCGAGUCAACAGAUACCGUGGCUCAAGGUCACGCUGCGGCGCUGCAAAGCCGAUGCUCCCAGCUCAUCACUGAGUGUCUGAUGAAGGGCCAGACAGGAAAAGGUUUGCGUGCUUCAGCUCUUUUGUCUUUGCUCUCCCCUAAUGAGCCGGAGCCUUGUCCUCCCAGCCCAGAGCGCAGUCAGGAGCUCAGCAUCUCGGACACAUCCUCACUACCUGGCAGCACUGCAGCUCUCUGCUCUCCACCAUCCUCUCUUUAUAAAACGUUGUCUGCAGACGAUGCACUGGAUUCUCCAUCGCUGUCCAGUGAAGGCACACUGUCUCCAGAGCUCAGAGCUGCUGAUUCCAGUGGUGAUACCAUCACGUCUCCCACCUCCGAGCACCUGGCCACGAAUAAAGAACAGGAAGACCGGAUGCCUAAAGGGCCUCUGCAGGAACAGGUGUUCGCAGAGUGUUCCAGGGAGAGGAUUCUGGGAUUGCUGGCAGCCAUGUUACCUCCAGCCAAACCGGGCACUACGAUUUCCCUCUCCGGGCUGAGCCCUAUCCUGCCUCUGCUCUUCCGUGUGGUCAUCUCUAAUGCAGGCUGUCUGAACGAGGCCUACCACCUGACACUCGGGCUUCUAGGGCAGCUGCUUCUGCGCAUCUCACCCGCCGAGGCCGACGCCGCCGUCACCGAGGCUCUUUCUGAGAAAUACGAGCUGCUGGCGCCGGCCAAUGGAGCGAUCAACGAAACAGAAGGCUGGAAAACCACCCAGCUUCUGUUCGGCCUUGGAGCUGUGUGCUUGGACAGUCGCAUUGGUUUGGACUGGGCCAGCACAGUGGCGGACAUCUUGAGAAAUCUGAACGCGUGUCCUCAGUGGUCUGAAGUUACUGCAAGCUACACUGACCACUGCAUUCAACAGCUACCACACCAACUCAAACGUACCAACAUCUUCACUCUGCAUGUCCUAGUCAUCUUCCCUGAGGUGCUGUGUAUGGGAACUCAGUCGGUAUUCAUAGACAAUGCUAACGAGCAGCACAACAUCAUUCUGCUCAAACACUUCACCGAGAAGAACCGAGCCGCCAUCAUCGACGUCAAGACUCGUAAAAGGAGGACGGUGAAGGAUUACCAGCUGAUGCAGGCUGAUGAGAGCUUGGCUCUGUCCAGCCACUACCUGAAGAACUUAAUCUCCAUUGUGAGCCAGCUACUGCAGACUGGCAUGGAGAGCAGCUCCCCGGACGCAGUGGAAGCCACCUGGGUGCUCUCACUCACCCUCAAAGGCCUCUACAGCAUCCUAAAGAAGCACGGCAGUGAACAGGCUCAGCAGGCCAUGCACAGCGCCGGCCUUAUGCACCUGCUGGUCCGCAAAUGCAGUAAGGGCACGGGAUUCAGCAAGACGUGGCUGUUGCGUGACCUGGAGAUCCUGUCUAUCAUGCUUUACUCGUCCAAACGUGAGAUCCAUUCUAUGGCCGAGGAGAGCGAGAGCGGCGAGCGAGAGGAGGACCGAGAGAGCGACAAAGAGCACGACUCGGACCUUUCCAGCUGCGGUGCUGAAGAUGUCGACCCACUCGAGGGGCUGGAUGAAGAGACCAAAGCCUGCUUCCAGCUUACUCAUGAUGCUUUAAACGCUCCUCUGCACAUUCUGAGAGCCUUGUAUGAACUCCAGAUGAAGAGGACGGACUCCUUUUUCCGGGAAGUGCAGAAACGAUUCGACGGAGACGUAAUAAAGACGGACGAGACGAUCCGGACACUGGCGCAGAAAUGGCAGCCUGCUAAACGCGUGCACUCAGACGAGCGUCACGCAAAGGCCGUGGACACGGAUAUGAUCAUCAUCCCCUGCACGUUGAAACCAAGCCGUUGCGAGACGGCCACCGAGGAGACGAACGCGGUGACGCAGAAGCUGAUCACCAUCACAGAAAGUGAGCUGCAGCUCAGUUAUGCCAAGCAGCGGCGCACCAAGAGCUCAGCGCUGCUGCACAAGGAGCUGGAUGCACGCAGCAACAAGGCUGUGCGCCACUACCUGUUCCGGGUGAACGAGGCCAUCAGCAUCCUGUACGCCCGCCAUGUGCUGGCUCUGCUGCUGGCCCACUGGCCCGACAGUAGCCCUGUCAGAGAGGAGGACUUGGAGCUGAGCGGAGCCUCACACAUGGCCCACAUCCUUGACAUGCUUAUGCAGCUGGAGGAGAAGCCAUUGUGGGAGAAGAUCCUGCAGAAAGUCAUAAAAGGCUGCAGUCGGAGCAUGCUGGACAGUUUGUCCCUGACUGCGUGUCAGUUCAUGGAGGAGCCUGUUAUGGCCAUGCAGGUCCGGGAAUCCAAACACCCCUAUGACAACAACACCAACUUUGAGGACAAGGUGCACAUCCCCGGGGCUUUUUAUCUGUCUGUGAAGUUCGACUCUCGUUGCCAAACUGAGGAGGGCUGUGAUGAGCUGCAGCUGGCCAGCAGCGCCGACUUCCAGCAGGACCUGCACACUUUUAGCGGCUCCUACCACAAAUGGGCUGAUGUGGAGAUACCAGGGGACACUCUUCACUACAGGUUCGUGUCAGACAUGAGUAAUACAGAGUGGGGCUACAAGUUCACUGUGACUGGAGGACAUCGCGGACGCUUCCAAACUGGUUUUGAAAUACUGAAGCAGAUGUUGGCUGAUGACCAGGCUCUCGGCCAUCUGCCGCUGGCAGACAUCUGGGAAUGGCAGGUGGGCGUGGCCUGUCGUCAGACAGGAAGUCAGCGCUUAAAGGCAAUUCACCUUCUCCUGCGGAUACUGCAGUGUCCUACUCAGUGGGGCUGUGAUUUGACCCUUCUGAGGCCGCUCUGGCAGCUCUUUACCACCAUGGAGGGUGGCGUGAAUCAGGAUCCCACCUGCAUUACUGUCCUGUUGCCUCUUCAUCGAGCCCUCACUGAACUCUUCUUCAUUGCUGAGACCAAAGCCUUGGAGCAGGGCAUACUUCAGGAGUAUCUGCUCGCUCUCACAACCAACGAACAACUCAUAACGCGCACAACUCAGGUAAGACGACCUUCCUCCCCUCAAGUCUGCAUUAUAAAGUGUGUAAACCUCCUAUACAGGAAGUGUUAUAACAUGAAUGCCACACUGUACGUCCUGUGCUGUUUUUUAAAAAAAAAAAAAAAAACAAGUCUGUACUAAGCCAAAUUAAAAUCAUCGUCAGUGCUGGUAAUGUUAAAAAAAAAAAAUGCAGCAUUAUGCACAUCAAAUGAAGCGGUUCUUCUUUGUGAAUAAACGCCUGACGGUAAAAUGACGCAACCGAGUCUGUUUUUAUCGAUGUUUAACCAGUUUGUAAUUACUUUAUAAUGUGUGUGCGUGUGCAGUUCCAGCUGUUGAAAAGUGCGCCAGGACAUUUUAAUUUAAUAAAUAAUGUAACGCUCGUGUUUGUUUUCUCCUCUCUCAAUAUUUUGUCAUGUUGUCGAGGGGUGGGGCUGGAACGCGAGCGAAGGAUACGAGAAGGCGCGGUCUUUAGUAGCAGAGAGAUUUGCCCUGGAUUAUUUACAAACGGUAGCAAACGUUCAAAAGGGCCGAUUUGCUUGUCAUGACAUUACCUGAAAGGAAUAUCCGUUUUCAAUCAAGAACAACGUAACAGCUGAGUUAAGUAGGGAAUCAUGCUCAGGUCGCACUGUUGGCUUGUAGAAAAAAAAACAACAAAAAAAAAACAAGAGCUUCUUGUUUGUCUAAUCAUUUUCCAGCAACGUUUAAUUCAACGUAGAAGUAGUGGAGACAGCAAACGUUUAACUCAGAAGUUCCAGAAUGCAGUGCAGCUAUCUGACCCGGUUGCACCGAGUUACGGCUCGGCUAGUUCGCGAUCUACGCCAUGAAAGGUGAAGCUUUGGAACCUGAUCUGUCUGAGCAGAGUGUACAGAUGAGGAAGUGAGAGAGCUGGACAGAUUAAAGGACUAAAGUGCUGCCGCGUCGCUCUCUUUAAGUAGGCAUAAAAAAGCGAGGGCCAUGUCCCACUGGCACCAUGAUCAGAAGUUGAAAUUGUUAAGCAAAGUGAAAAUCAGUUGAGGUCAUGAGUUUAUAUACACCUUGCAGAAUCUGCAAAAUGUUAAUAAUUCUGAAAAAAAUAACAGGGAUCAUAAAAAGUGAUAAAAUUACUACCCUGAAUAAGAUAUUUCACAUAACAGAUGUUUACAUAUAGUCCACAAGACACAAUAAUAACUGAAUUUACACAAAUGCACCAGUUCAAAAAAGUUUACACACGUUUGAUUCUUAAUACUGUGUGUCGUUACCUGGAGGAUAUGAUGGUUGUUCAUGAGUCCCUUGUUUGUCCUGAGCAGUUAAACUGCGCACUGUUCUUCAAAAAAAUCCUCCAGGUCUUGAACAUUCUUUGCUUUUCCAGCAUCUUCUGCAUAUUCGACCCCUUUCCAACAGCGACUAUAUGAUGCUGAGAUCCAUCUUUUCACACCGAGGACAACUGAGGGACUCGUACACAGCUUUUACAAAAGCUGCAAACAUUCAUUGAUGCUCAAGAAGGCAACAAGAAGGUGGGGGGGUGUAAACUUUUAAACAGGAUUAUUGGCAUAAACUAUUUUGUUUAAAGAUCUUAUUUCUCCCCCAUUUAGUACUGCUCCUCAGAAGCUACAUAUGAUAUUUACAUGUCUUCCAGAAGACAAAAUAAUAAUUUACACCGAUCAUCCUGUUCAAAAGUUUACACCCCCCUGGCUCUUAAUGUGUCUUCUUGUCAUUUUGAUCAUCAGUGAAUGUUUGCACCUUUUGUAAUAGCUGGGUACGAGUCCCUCAGUUGUCCUCGGUGUGAAAAGAUGGAUCUCAGCAUCAUAUAGUCGCUGUUGGAAAGGGGUCAAAUAUGCAGAAGAUGCUGGAAAAGCAAAGAAAGUGCAGGACCUGGAGUAUUUUUCUGAAGAACAGUGGGCAGUGUAACUGCUCAGGACAAACAAGGGACUCAUGAACAACUCUCACAUCAUCCAGGUAACGGCACACAGUAUUAAGAAUCGAGCGUGUGUAAACUUUUUUGAACUGGUGCAUUUGUGUAAUUCAGUUAUUAUUGUGUCUUGUGGAUUAUAUGUUAACAUUAUGUGAAAUAACUUAUGCAGGGCAGAACUAAAUAAAAAAAACUAAAUGCAAUUUAUAUGAUUCCUUAUUAUUAUUAUUAUUAUUAUUAUUAUUAUUAUUGUAUAUAUUUUUAAUUAUUAACAUUUUGUAGGUUCUGCAAGGGGUAUGUAAAUUUAUGACCUCAGAUGUAAAUCAUGGAUGUUAUUUGGGAUUAGCAAGAUUAAAAUGCACGUCGUUCAGGGUGGAGUUCUCCUUUAAAUAGACACUUUGCAGAUGAACAUGUUAGAAAUAUGAUGAUGAUGAUGAUGAUAUUUUAACAUUUUAAACAUUUCUAAUAUCGGUGUGCCGUGUCUUAAAAAAAAAAGGAAACACAUAGCCCGGAGCGUUCGUGACCGUGUUUGCCAUGUCUGUUAACGUAUGUUGAUGCGUGAUAUAUAGUCUGAUAAGGAUCGAACAGAUCAUCUUUGCACAUGUGAUCUUGUUUACAUACGCCUUUGAAAGACCGCUAUAGUGCGCUACAUAUCAUAAAAGCUUAAUGAGACUGUUCUGCCUAUGUUUUGUUUUCUCUUUGCCAGUAUUCGGUGCAGUAAUGGUCCUCCAGUGCUUCUGGAUUGAGUUUAAUAUGAGUCAUUCCUGAAUCGUGCACUUGGUAUCGGAAGAUUGUCUAGAAACAGAGAUUAUCCCGAAGACGUUCAUAUAAAAUUGAAUCUUGCCUUUGGUUAGACAUGUGUUUGCAGCGGACCGUAAAUUCAGAACUGCCGCUGGAGAAAGAAGGAGACAAAAGGAAAAAAUGGAUUGACAAUGAGACAGGAAGGCGAUGAAGCUUUUAAGCACAUAAUGAUGAAUGGGAACAGUGGUCAGCCUUUGGAAGGAUGGUUACGCUUAUUGUGAAACUAAAAAGGACACAAAAUGUUUAGAGUUGUUGUCAGGAGCACUAGGGGGAAAAAAACCUUAUCUAGCAGUCUUGUAUUCAUGUUGUAUCAUAGCACUUCCUGUGAAGCGUUAGCAUAGAACGGUAAAAACACUGGCUCUGCUUGAUUUCACACAAAGCCUAUAUUACAGUGUCUAUGUAUUAUGAUGUAUUGUGUAGCAUGAAUAUAAACUCACACAGUAAUGCAGUUAUUUACUCAGCCAAUCAUGUGACAGCACCUCAAUGCAAAAAAUCAUGCAGAUACAGGUCAAGAGCUUCAGUUAAUGUUCACAUCAAACAUAUGAAUGGGGACAAAAUCUCUGAUUUGUGACUUUAAUCAUUUUGCUGUCAUGUGAUUGGCUG